UCUUUUUGCAGACGGAGAGCUAACUCUUUGCAGACGGAGACCAAAACAAUGGAGGAAGCAGGUCCACCGGGUCCGAAGGUCACCCGUUUACUGUACUUUGUAGGCGCCGGAUUUCUCUGUACUUUCGCCAUCAACAAGUGGAGAGAGUUCGAAAGAAAUUCGAUUCUGAAAAAGCAACAGAUGAAUCAGCUAGGGGAUCGAGGUUUAUUGCCGCAAACACCGACAGAUUCGGUACAAAAAGCGAUGAAAUGAUCUCUCUGAUGCCUUUUUUUGAGGGGCUUUUGAUGUUUAUCUGGUUUAAAAUUUGACCUAGAUCCAGAAGUUCGUGAAUUUUCUGUGGCUUUGAUCCAAACUUUGGAAAAUUUCCCCCUUUUUCUUUUGUAUUCGGAAAGCUCCUUGAUUUUCUGAAUGCAACUCUGGAAUCUGAUGAUGAUACUCAUCAUAAAGAUUGGUGCUUUAGAGAUUCUCUUCGAGUUCUUGCAUUCA